AUGCUGUCUCUCCGCAAUAUUGCCCGUACUGCGCCCCGUGCCGCCCGCUUCACAAAGGUUGUCCGCCCGCAGACGUCGCUGGUCCGCCAGACAGUAGCGUUCCAGCCAACAUGGUCCGCCGCCCCCAGGCUCACAGCUUCCUUCCACAUCUCCGCGAUCAGGAGACAAGAAGGCAGCGCAAAUGAGGAGCUCGUCGCAAAGCUGCAGAGCGAGAUCUCCAUGGAGGAGGACAUGAAGGAGGAUGACGACCUCUCCGCCAACAUCAAGGAGUACCUUGAGAACAGCCCUUUUGAGCUCGAGGACAAGGCUGGUAACCAGGAAGUCGUCCUGACCCGCACAUUCGGCGACGAGAAGAUCCGCAUCACCUUCACCACGGCCGACCUGAGCAACAACGUCAGCCCCGAGGACGCCCUCGAGGACCAGGCCAUGUACGACGACGCCGACAUGGACGUGCAGUCCGGCGGCGCCAACACCAAGGGCGCCACCGCCCAGGGCACCACCAAGGACGGCAACAUCCGCGUCGCCCCCGAGGAUCGCACCGCCCCCGCCGACCGCGAGGAGCUCGAGGACGACUACGACGUCGACGGCGAGGGCGAGCAGGGCUUCCCCUCGCACGCCAGCAUCCGCAUCGAGCGUCCGGGCAAGGGCGCGCUCGCCAUUGAGGCCACUGCCCAGGACGGCGACUUCAUCAUCGAGGACCUGUACUACUUCCCCGACGCCGAGCUCGCGGACCCGCAGACGGCCGAGAAGGACUGGGCGAGGCGGACGCUGUACACUGGCCCGCCCUUCAACAACCUCGACGAGGACCUGCAGAUCCUGCUCGAGAAGUACCUCGAGGAGCGCGGCAUCAACACCCGCCUUGCGCUGUUCAUCCCCGACUACAUCGACCACAAGGAGCAGAAGGAGUACAUCCGGUGGUUGGACAAUGUCAAGAACUUUGUCGCGUGA